UGCUUACAGACAUGGACUAUUUAAAUAACACUCUCGAUUCAAUUCCACGGGCCUUACACUUGGCCUUGGCUGGAUUCGGAGCUCUGUUUGUAACCUCCAAGAUCCUAAGCUUUCUCCGUCUAUUCCUCAGCGUAUUUGUCCUCAGCGGCACCAAUCUUAGGAAAUAUGGGAAGAAGGGCACCUGGGCUGUGGUGACAGGUGCCUCUAGUGGCCUAGGGAAGGAAUUUGCCACCCAGCUCGCCGCCAAAGGCUUCAACCUCGUUCUCGUAUCUCGCACCCUGUCCAAUCUAGAGGCGCUCUCUCAGGAGCUUGAGGGAAAAUUCUCCGGGUUACAAACGCGGGUGCUCGACAUGGACUUCUCUGCCGACGAUGAAGCCGACUACGCCCGCCUCGCCCAGCUAAUCUAUGGCCUCGAUGUCGGCAUUCUUAUCAACAAUGUUGGCCAGAGCCAUAGCAUACCCGUCCCCUUCCUUGAAACCGAGAGCAAAGAACUGCGGGAUAUUGUCACCAUCAACUGUCUUGGCACUCUAAAGGUCACCCAAAUCGUCGCUCCGGGAAUGCAGACUCGCAAACGCGGCCUGAUUCUAACGAUGGGUAGCUUUGGUGGAUGGAUGCCUACCCCGUAUUUAGCGACCUACUCGGGCAGCAAAGCCUUCUUACAGCACUGGUCGUCGUCCCUUGCCGCCGAGCUGAAGUCCAGUAAUAUCGAUGUCCAACUCUGCCUCAGCUACCUUGUCACAACGGCGAUGAGCAAGGUGCGACGGACGAGUCUGUUGAUUCCUGAUCCGAAAUCUUUCGUACGGGGCGCCCUGGGCAAGGUGGGAUCGGGGGGGUGGCAGAACACAGCGUAUACCUACACCCCGUAUUGGAGCCAUGCCCUAAUGGCAUGGGUGAUUGAGAAUACCAUUGGUAUCGGUCACUCGCUGGGUAUAUUGGUUAACCUGAAGAUGCAUAUGGGUAUUCGGAGCCGUGCCCUGAGAAAAGCUGCUAGGAGCUCGAAGAAGGAAUAGACGGAUUCUUGGUAGCUUGAGGCCGGCUUGUAAUGAAUCAGCCAUGAGGAGGCACGGUUCAACAUGGGUGUGGAGGAAAAGUAAAGAAGGAUGGUCGGACGGAUAUGUGAAUAGAAGGAUGGGCAGGGAAUCCUAUAACCAGGCAUAAUAUUUCCAUGGUACCCGAGUUACAAUUUACAGCGUACAUCCCUUGGCCUAAUAUUCAGACUGAGUUUAUGACCUUAUCAUAUGGGGGCGAGGAGGCAUGCUUAAUGUAGGAAUAUAUCUACAUGCUGGAGGUGAUUUAUGAAGCCAAUCUAUAUGUAAGGUGUGAUAAAUGCUUAUGUUAUCGUCGACAAAUAUCCUAC